AUGAUGAAAACUAAAUUAAGAAGUACGUUUGCAAUUACUAGCAAUCAGUGGAAGAUAUUUUCUUUAUGGCUCGGAAUCUGUUUGGCAUUACACAACGGACAUGCGGAAGUGACUUUAGAGCAGCCGAUUUAUACGAAUUCUAUACAGAGAUUCGAAAAUAGCGGUGAUCAGAAUGGUACCCAAGAAAACGAGGUGAAAGCUUUGAAAAAAGUUUUUUUAUCAAAUAGAUCAAUCACUUGUAACGAUGGUUCACAAGCUGGAUUUUAUCUCAGACGCUCGCACUCGAGUACCAAGUGGAUAAUUUUUCUAGAAGGAGGAUGGUAUUGUUAUGACAUUCAAACUUGUCGAAAUCGAUGGUUAAAGCAACGACACUAUAUGACUUCUUCAAAAUGGCCCGAAACAAAAGACGUUGGUGGUAUAUUAUCUCCAAAUAUGAAAGAAAAUCCGUUUUGGUGGAAUGCAAACCACGUGUUCGUUCCAUAUUGCUCCAGUGAUUCUUGGAGUGGUACUAAACCGCCUACACCAAGUGAUUUGUUCAGUUUCAUGGGAUCGUUUAUUGUAAGACAAGUGAUUAGAGAUUUGAUACCGUUGGGAUUAGAAAACAGCACCGAUUUGAUCCUCAGUGGUAGUAGUGCAGGUGGUACUGGCGUGAUGUUGAAUUUAGACUACGUGAAGGAACUUCUCCACGAAGAACUUUUGCUUACUCAGAUCAAUGUAAGAGGAAUCACCGAUUCUGGAUGGUUUUUGGAUAGGAUACCUUACGCGCCAACAAACAAACCAGCUGUUGAAGCGAUUAGGAAAGGGAUGGAUAUGUGGAGAGGCAAAGUACCUAGAAGAUGUAGAGAGGAAUAUAUGAAUGAACCAUGGAGGUGUUAUUUUGGAUAUAGGCUUUAUCCAACUUUGAAAUCGGAACUAUUUGUAUUUCAAUGGCUCUUCGAUGAGGCUCAAAUGGAUGUUGAUAAUGUGGGAGCGCCUGUCACCAAACAACAAUGGGAUUACAUUCACAAAAUGGGCGAUGCACUCCGUCAUAGUUUCGAGAACGUUACGGCGGUUUUUGCGCCCGCUUGUAUAUCUCACUCGGUUCUAACACAAAGACACUGGCAAUCUGUAAAAAUCGACGAUAUAUCCGUGGCUGAAGCUUUACACUGUUGGGAACAAAAAACAAGCAAAAGAAAAUUAAAGAAACUGAAUAAUGCGAGGGUGAUGAGCCAAAAUACAGGUAGAAAAGGAAAGAGGAAGAGGAAUCAGAGAAACAGAUUGGAGUAUGAAGGAGUUUUAAAUAACGAUGACAGAGCUGGUACUGUUCAAGAUCCGACUGUGGAGAUGAAGAGGAGAAGAAGAAAUAGGAAAAAUAAAAAGGUUAAUAAAAACAAAAUAAGACCUCGUAAACAGCAACAAAACAAAGAGAACAAACCGAUUUUCGCUACAAACUUACAUCCUCUAUUAGACAACAGACCUUCAAGAUCAGUUUUGCAAAAUUCUAAGUGGCUUCGUAAACGUAGAUGCGUUCAUAGAAGAUUAGAAAGAUGCUCUUGGCCACAGUGUAACCAUUCGUGUCCAAAAUUGCAUAAUCCUUUUACCGGAGAGGAAAUGGAUUUUAUAGAAUUAUUGAAAUCGUUUGGACUCGAUAUGAACAGUGUUGCUGACGCAUUAGGUAUCGAUAUGCAAACUUUGAAUAAUAUGGACCAUGCUGAACUACUAAAUUUGCUUACGCAGCAAUCAAAUUAAAUAGUUGGUUUAAAAUUCUAAACUACUGAAUGUAUGCAAAAUAUUCCGCAAAAAUAAAAAUUAUUGAACUAAAUAUAUAAUACCAAACGGGAGUAUA